GUUCUACAGCACGCCUGAUGGGGUUUGCCCUUUUCUAUCUUAUUGUGUACGAAAAUGGGUAAUGAUGGUGGAAGUAUCCCCACUCGCCGCGAGCUCGUCCGCGAAGCCGCUCGGAAUCCCAGCACGGCGCAACUGAAAGAAACACAGCGCGAACUACAAGAACAUUUCUGGAGCACAUGUCCGCUCUCACAUAAACAGCUAAUGCGACCUAUUGUCUCCGACUGCGUUGGAAAUCUGUUCAACAAGGACUCCGUCUUGAGAUAUCUACUUCCGGGCGAUGAUGCGGAGGGUAUUAGCUCGAAAGUCGAUUGCGACGAGUUCCUCUGUGGCCGAGUGAAGAGCCUUCGUGACGUGGUGGAGUUGAAGUUCGAAGUCGACACCGAGCACGGUGGACACCCAUCUGGGAAACACGAGAAGCGUGAAGGCUGGAUAUGUCCGGUCACUGCUAAGCAAUUGGGCCCGAAUGUCAAGUCCGUCUAUCUUGUUCCUUGCGGGCAUGUGUUCUCCGAGGAAGCAAUCCGUCAGCUGAAGGAGGAUAAGUGCUUACAGUGCGACGAGCCUUACACAAGUGAGAACGUGAUCUUCAUACUCCCAACAAAAGAGUCGGAUAAACAACAGCUGCUCGAGCGGGCCCAGAAACUUACCGGACAAGGUUUAACACAUUCUUUGAAAAAGGUGCCUGGCUCCAAGAAACGGAAGAAGCACGCCAAUGGCGACGAUGAUGCUUCAUCGUCAGCCUUGCGAAUGAGGGGACAAUCAGCUACUGCUAGCCGCAGCAACACAUCCACGCCUGUUCAAAAUGCUCCAAGUGGGAUAAAAAAUGCAGCUACUGCCAUGUUAACUGCCCGAGUCCUCGAUGAGGAGAAUGAGAAGAAGAGGCGGCGCAAGCUGAUGGGAAAUAGUGACAAUCUAAGCAGUCUUUUCACAAAGGAGUCUGGUAAAGAUGCAAUGUCGAAGAAUACUGACUUCAUGACCCGAGGCUUCACUCUACCCGCGAAUUCCAGG